AUGUCUUCAAGCACAAUUAGAAAGGCGAUUGGUGUGGUGAAAGACCAAACUAGUAUAAGCCUAGCGAAAGUUGCAGGCAAUGUAGCACCAAAUCUCGAGGUGCUGAUAGUGAAAGCAACAGGUCAUGACAUUGAGCCAGCUGAAGAAAAAUACAUAAGAGAAAUCCUUCACCUCAUAUCCCAAUCAAGAGGAUACGUAAGCGCGUGUGUUUACAACAUCUCAAAACGAUUGAACAAAACAAGCGAUUGGGUCGUGGCAUUGAAGGCAUUGAUGCUUGUACACAGAUUGUUAGUAGACGGAUCCCCACUUUUCGGUCAAGAGAUCAUGUUCGCAAGCCGAAAAGGUACACGAGUAUUGAACAUGUCGGAUUUUCGCGUUGAAGCUCUUUCUAAUUACUGGGAUCAUUCCGCUUUUGUGAAAAAUUACGCUUUGUACCUCGAUCAGAAGCUUGAGUUCAUCGCGUUUGAACGAAAACUAAGUGGUUUCAACGAUAAAUGGCGUUUUGAAGAAAGAUAUGGUGGAUUUAGAGAUGAUCACAGUUAUGGAAUCAGUCAUAAAUCCAAAUCUUAUGGUGAUUUAUACUACGAAUCGAUUUCACGAAAAGAAUCAAAAGCAGUUACACCCGUUAAAGAGAUGAAACCCGAUAGGGUUUUGGAAAGAUUGAAUAAACUUCUUCGACUUAUUGAUCGUGGAUUAUUGUGUAGGCCAGCUGGAAGUGCGAAAACCAACAAAAUGAUUCUUGUUGCACUUCACCUCGUUUUGAGAGAAAGUUUUCGGAUUUAUGCGGAUAUAUGGGAGGCUUUAGGUGUUUUACUUGAUCGAUUACCCGAAAUGGAAUACGCCAAUUGUGUCAAAACUUUUGAUCAAUACGUAAGUGCAGCUAAAACAAUCGACGAGCUUUUUGACUUUUACAAAUGGUCAAAAAAUUUAGGUGUUGCUAGAGCUUCGGAGUUUCCCGAAGUUCUAAAGAUUACAGAUAAAGUUUUGGUAACCUUAGAGAGAUUUAUAAGAGAAAAAAAGAAAAGGCUUAAGAACUUAGCCAUAGAAAACGGACCAUCAUCCACCACCACACCACCACAAACCACCGGUGACCUGUUGGAUCUGAAAGAUGAAAUUGUUCCCGUUGACAACCAUGGAAACACAAACACAAACACAAACACAAACUCAAACACAAUCACAAACACAAACACAUUAGUACUUGCUUUGUUUUCUGAAAGUAAGCCUUGUUCUUCAAAGAUAAAUGAAAAUGGAAAAUCUGAUUGGGAGCUUGCGUUGGUGGAAUCCGCUAGUAGUUUAUCGAAUCACAAGGUUGAUACGGGUGUUAUUGAUCCGGUAAUGUUGAAUGAUAUAUAUGAUAAUAAUGGAAGUUCUGUAUCUGGGUUGAGGAGAACUGUAACACCUGCAAUAACAACAUCAGUGUUGGCACUACCUGCACCCAGCGAACCCAUACAGAAAGUGGACCCACAAGAUCCUUUUGCAGCAUCUCUUAUGGUCCCACCUCCGCCGUAUGUCCAACUUGCUGACUUGGAAAAGAAACAAAGUUUUCUUGUGCAGGAACAACAGGUGUGGCAACAACCAUAUGGAAACAAUACGAUGCUAGGUCAAGUGCAAGUGCAAGUACAAGGACCUAUGGACAAGAUCAAUGGUGGUGUUGCUGCUGCUUUCAAUGGCAUGGGACAGCACACAGGGUAUAACUACGCACAUUAUUGA